AUGGGCAACAUGGGCACAGAGAUUGUUGCAUUUAUCCUGACCAUCUCAGGCUGGAUUCUGGUGUCCUCCACCCUGCCUACAGACUACUGGAAGGUGUCCUCUGUGGACGGGACAGUCAUCACCACAGCUACCUUCUGGUCCAACCUGUGGAAAACCUGCGUGACCGACUCCACUGGUGUGUCCAACUGCAAGGACUUCCCUUCCAUGCUGGCUCUGGAUGCCUACAUCCAGGUCUGUCGGGGGCUGAUGAUAGCGGCUGUGUGCCUGGGUUUCUUUGGUGCCAUCCUUGCCCUAGUAGGGAUGAAAUGUACAAAAAUCGGGGGCUCAGAGACCACCAAAGCUCGUCUAACUGUCCUCUCGGGGUUCCACUUCAUCCUCAGUGGGCUAUGCUGCAUGACUGCGUGCUCCAUAUAUGCUCACAGGAUCACAACUGACUUCUUUGACCCGCUGUUUGUUGCUCAAAAGUUUGAGCUGGGAGCAGCUCUCUUCAUUGGAUGGGCUGGAUCUGUGCUGUGUAUCUUAGGAGGGCUUAUCUUCUGCCUCUCCCUAUCGGAAGGCUUCAGCAUCAGAGCUCAUUGCUCCUACAGUGGAGCCGCAUCUUUUGUAACGGCACGCAACAGGCACAACAAAACGACCAGUAACCUGCAGAAAGAACCGCGGGAGCCGUCCAGACAGUUUGGGAGGAAUGUCUACGUGUGA